UAACAACUUACUUUGUUUCUUUUUUUCCACCUCUUUGAUUGCAACGAUUCAACUCUUUUCUUUCAUUGGAAAAGUAAACCCAAUCUAACUUUUCUUUCUUUUUCCUUACACUUUCAAUGGGCUUCGUUUUCGGCCUGCUGAUCGGGUUAGUGGUCGGCUUGGCAAUCAUUGUGGGGUUUGUUCGCUCAGAGAAUGCUCGAUCCAAGCUUCGCAGUGAACUCGCAAACACUAUCGCUGCUUUUGCUCGAAUGACAGUGGCAGAUUCUAGAAAGAUCUUGCCGGCGGAAGUAUACCCUUCUUGGGUCGUCUUCUCAAAUCGUCAGAAGUUAACCUGGCUUAAUCAGCAUCUAAUCAAGAUCUGGCCCUAUGUUGAUGAGGCAGCUUCUGAGCUUAUAAGGAAUUCUGUUGAGCCAAUACUUGAACAAUAUAGGCCGUUUGUGCUGUCAUCUCUCAAGUUUUCUAAGUUUACCCUUGGUACUGUUGCGCCGCAAUUCACAGGAGUUUCCAUCAUUGAAGAUGGAAGCAGUGGUGUUACUAUGGAGUUGGAAAUGCAAUGGGAUGCUAAUUCAAAUAUAAUACUUGCUGUCAAGACCAAAGUUGGUGUAGCAUUGCCUGUACAGGUAAAAGAUAUUGCAUUCACUGGGGUUUUCAGAUUGAUCUUUAAGCCAUUAGUUGAUGAGUUUCCCGGCUUUGGAGCUGUCAGCUAUUCCCUCAGAGAAAAGAAGAAGUUGGAUUUCAAACUUAAAGUUAUUGGUGGUGACAUAUCAACAAUUCCUGGACUUUCUGAUGCUAUUGAGGAAACCAUACUCGAUUCCAUUGAAGACUCCAUUACAUGGCCUGUCAGAAAAAUUGUUCCCAUUUUGCCCGGGGAUUACAGUGAGCUAGAGCUAAAACCUGUUGGAAUAUUGGAGGUUAAGCUUGUGCAAGCGAAGGGUUUAACUAAUAAAGACAUUAUUGGGAAAUCAGAUCCCUAUGCUGUGUUAUAUGUGCGCCCUUUACCUGAUAAAAUGAAGCAAAGUAAAACAAUUAAUAAUGAGUUAAAUCCUAUUUGGAAUGAGCACUUUGAAUUUAUUGUUGAAGAUGCUUCCACUCAGCACUUGGUGGUGAGAGUUUUUGAUGAUGAGGGGCUUCAAGCAUCACAAUUAAUUGGGUGUGCUCAAGUACGGCUAAAUGAACUUCAGCCUGGUAAAGUCAAGGAUGUGUGGUUGAAUUUGGUUAAAGAUUUGGAGGUUCAGAGAGAUACUAAAUACAGGGGACAGGUGCACUUGGAACUGUUGUACUGCCCCUUUGGCAUGGAGAAUGGCUUCGCCAACCCCUUUGCCUCCAACUUUUCAAUGACCUCCUUGGAGAAGGUUCUUAAAAGUGGGGUGAACGGAAAUGAAGCAAUUGACAAUGAGAAGGUUGUCACACAGAAGAGAAGGGAGGUUAUUGUUAGAGGAGUUCUUUCUGUAACUGUCAUAUCAGCUGAAGACUUGCCUCCAACAGAUCAUGGGAAGGCUGAUCCUUAUGUGGUGCUCACACUGAAGAAAUCAGAGAAUAAAAACAAAACUAGAGUUGUAAAUGACUGCUUGAAUCCAGUUUGGAAUCAAACUUUUGACUUUGUUGUUGAGGAUGGAUUGCAUGACAUGCUAAUUCUUGAAGUUUGGGAUCAUGACACAUUCGGGAAGGACAAUAUGGGGCGAUGCAUCUUGACAUUGACAAGGGUUAUCCUGGAAGGGGAAUUCAAAGACAGCUAUGAGCUAGAUGGAGCUAAAUCAGGGAAAUUAAAUUUGCACCUUAAGUGGAUGCCGCAGCCAAUUUUUCGAGAUUCUUAAGUAAUUUUGUAAUGGAAAAUCAUAGGGCAGGGGGUAUUUAGCUACGUUGCAGUUGUACACCAUACGUAGUCACAUGCAUUGUAGAUAGUUUUUCCUGAGCUGACCUUAGGCAUUAUGUAAACAAUAUUACCAUGUGCACGAUUUUUAUGUAAAAUUUUCUGCACAAACAACAAUGUAUUUUCAUGUGAUUGAGUGUUAUUUUAUCUUUAAUUUUUAAUUCUC